AUGCCACCAACUGGCCAAGCAAACCACACUACUAAACUGCAGCGGAAGCAUGAAAAGGAAAGUGGAGGGACUCGAAUCAACAUUUUACGGCCUCUACGGACCUUUCCUAACGCCAAGAAAGUCGAAGACCCAGAAGAUGUUCUGCGAGGCAUUGCUCACGGCUUACCACCCGGAACACCUCAGGCGGAACUAAUGGAGAACCUGCGGAUCCGCACUCAAGGUGUGAAGAUUGAAAGAGCCCGCAUGCUGGGCUCGUCCAAAUCGGCGAUAGUGACUUUCACCGGAAAGGUGCUUCCAAGGAAUGAAGAUUUUAGCAAACUCCUUGCGGAGGCUCUUAAAAUCUCGGGUACCAAGGACCGCCUCGUGGUGCUGGGAGAUUUCAACGCUCCCAACACCGCAUGGGGCUACCCUAAAGACACACCCAAGGGAACGCGUCUCGAACACGCUGCAUCUAGGCUGGGGCUGAGCCUGAUCACACUCCCCACCAUGCCCACUAGGAUCGGCAACGGCGUCAGUAGAGACACGUUCCCGGACCUCACUUUCACACGCAACAUCAGGGACGCUACCUGGACCAACCUAGAUGAAAAUCUAGGAAAAUGCUUCGCCAUCGCCUUGGCAAUCAAGGACCGGGAACGGACGGGGCCGUCGUACAACACCAUCAUUUCGGACUCUCAGGAGGCGUGCCGCUUCUUUAUGAACGGCCGUCUCCCUUUCAAUAACCUCAUGGGCGUCUUGCCUGCACCCGUAAAUCCGGAAGCGCUGGUGUUCGUGGCACCUGCCCACCGCUGGAAAUCCCUGAGAGGAGCAAUCAGUCCAGCAUUCACGACGAGCAAGCUGACGCAGGCGUUCAAGGUCUUUGAAACCUCCAGCGAGGAACUGGCGGACAUAGUCGGAAAGCAGAGCGCUGCCGACAGAUCAGUGGACGCAAUGCUGCUGUUGCGGCGAUACGCCUUGGACACGAUUCUCAAGGCCAGCUUCGGCAUCGACAUGGGCGUGCAGAAAGCCGAACCAGGUGGAUUUUGGGAUAAGCUCAUCCUUAGAAGUUCCCGACUGUUGGAUUCACUCGGGCUGCAAGGAAUCACACUAAUAGCAAAUUGUCUGCCAGAACUUCAGCCCCUUUUUGUGCUGAUGGCGACAGUUACUGCAUGGUGCACGGAUAAGUUCGUCGCUUUAGUCAAGGACCUGGUGGAACCAGUCAUUGAGCGGCGCCGGGAGAAGAACUCGAGCAAGGCAUGUGAUAUCCUACAGGUUCUCCUUAAGAGUGAAGGCGUGGAUUCCGCUACAGGCAAUCAAGUUCAUAGCCGCCUAUCUAGAGCCGAGAUCAUGAUCAAUGCGUGCGUUUUAGUCUCUGCCGGGUUAGACAGCACGGUUCACACAGUUGUCUCUGCUCUGUACUCCGUGGCCACGCAUAUGGACAUCCAAGAAAAAUUGAGGAAAGAAAUUCACGACAUACUGAAGGCGGAGGGCCAGCUCACCUAUCACGCUGUCGGACGAAUGAAAUACCUCGGCAUGGUGGUCAAGGAAUCGAUGCGCCUGUAUUCUCAAAACGUUGGGUUUGUUGCAAGACGUGCAGUUUCCGACUACUCGUACAAAGACCUUUUAAUACCAAAAGGUGUGAGCAUAGUAGCUGCUGCGAGCUGCCUCAACGUAGACCCUGAUAUAUGGAACGACCCAACUGUGUUUGACCCCGAGAGAUUUAGCGAUGAGAACAAAAUUGGCAUCAACCCUGCUUCUUACCUGCCUUUCGGAUGCGGUCCACGUAACUGUGUAGGCCACAGGUUCGCCAUGCUGAACGUCAAAACUGUUAUUGCCACGUUACUUUCAAGAUACCGUGUACGUAUGGACGAAGAGCGUCACAAGGAAGGUCUGGAGUUCAGGAGCAAUUUCAUCACCUCAUGCCUGCCGCGCUCCGUGUGGUUCCAGUUUGAGGACGUUUAACCAUUGCUUUCUCUUACCCAACAACUGCACCGCCGCCACUGGGCUUUAUAAGCUAAUAAACGAGAUAUUUUCGUGU